GGCCUUCAGAACAGGUCCCCUGCCAGGAUGGUCACCCUCGCCUGUUACCCCCAAAGAGACGCUGUUGGGCCCAAGUGUGACCCCGGUGCCACAAUCAGAAGUUGGGGGGCGUGUGCUAAACCAAGGAGGAUCAUGUGGUUUGACAGACAAAGUGAAUGAGGUGGGCGCCACGGUUGAUGGGGGGGCGAAUCAAGGCACUUUGGGAACUGGAGUUGCUGAUUGGUUCCACCAGCUGCCAGCUGGGUCUAUCGAUAGCUUCGAGAGGUUCAGCUCUUUGUUUUUGAACCAGUUCGCGAGCGCCAGGAAGCACGAAAAGACGUAUCUCUCUCUAAUCAAUAUGCAGCAGAAGGAGGGGGAGACCUUGCGGCAGUAUGUAGCGCGGUAUACCAAAGAGUGCGUGGAGGUUCCCUCUGCCUCGGAAGAGAUCAAAGCUGGAGGCCUUACGCGGGGGUUGAGGCCGGGGAAGUGCAGAGAUUCACUAGCGAAGAGGCUGGCAAGGUCCUUUGACGAGUUACUUGAGAGGUGUAGCAAAUAUGUGAACAUGGAGGAAUCGGAAGCGGACUUCAUCCGAAAUGACAAAACAAAGGCCAAGCAGGUAGACGAGAGGCCUCGGCAGGGCGACCGCCGAGCUCCCCCUAAGGAGGCUAAGGUCGAGGACCGGUUUAGGGGUCCGAGGUACGAGCAUUACAAACAACUUAAUGCGCCACAACAGGAGAUCUUGGAGACGAUGGAAAAGCGAGGGGAGGACAAGUUGCUCGCACAACCUAAACCUUUGCCCCCACCACGGAAGUUCUCGGCGUCGAAGGACAGGUAUUGUCGGUAUCACCGUGAUUAUGGCCACUCCACCAAUUUUUUCCGCGAGCUGAAAGAUGAAAUUGAGCGGCUCAUUAGGGCCGGUCACUUAAAGGAGUUCGUAAUCAGGGAAAGAGAACGCCAGGAUGAUCGUCGGGAAGGGCGAGAGUCGGGCGACAAACGGAGGAGGACGGAUGAGCAACCUGACAGGCCAGUUAAGAAGGGCAUGAUACACAUGAUCGCGGGAGGUCCUACGGAUGGAGAUUCACAUAGGGAGAGAAAGAGGACCUACCGGGAAAAGGGUGUCGCCAAUGAGGUGGCCGAGGUGCAAGUGCAGAAGACCUCAGCCACUUUGAAGUUUGGAGCUGACGAUGUCCAGGGACUUGUCAUCCCAUACAAUGAUGCCUUGGUCAUCACCGCAGAGGUGGCUAGUUACGAUGUGCAGAGGGUGCUCAUAGACACAGGAAGCUCGACAGAUAUCAUUUUUCUGAAGUGCUUACAGCAGAUGGAGUUAGAUGUGAAGGUCGAGCCG